CAACAGCACAACCUCAACCAGGCAGCACUCGUCCUAUGGCUGGAGCUGGAACAAGCAGGGCUCUCCGCAAGCUGCUGACUCUGAGGCUGUGGCAUGAGGCUGUCAGGAGUUCACCACAGUCAGCAUCAGUAACAGCUGCCCACUGAGUCUCACCAGCACAACCUUGGUGCCUUUUUUCUGCAGAGGGAGUGCUUUCAAAAUUGGGUUAAUGUCAGGGUCUUGUCUUCCCAUUUCCUGCAGCUUCAGAGAGUGCAGCUGACCUCAGAGGAACCUCUCGUGACUCUUUUGCCUGCACUGCUGCAUUCCUGCCCUGGAAAUGCUGGGUCCCCUCCUUCCAGCGCUGAGAAGUAGCCUGCGCUGGGGUGUGGUCCUGAGACAAACCUGGAAAUGAAAAGGCAGCAGUGCAGGAAAUGAAAGCACAGCCAUGUCCUUAGCUGUGGUGCUUUGCAUUCAAGAUGAGCUUGUCCAGAAAUUGUUACCUCUGCCAAGGUGCCUCUGGUCCUGCGGCAACGAAGGGCAGGUAUAAAAGGCAGCCCAGGUCCUGCUCUCCCAUCCACUUCUCCUGCCUCCUUCUGCUUGGGAACCAGGUUCACACCCAGCCACAAGCCAUGUCUUCCUGCAACCCCUGUGUGCCCUGCCAGCCCUGUGGCCCAACCCCACUGGCCAACAGCUGCAAUGAGCCCUGUUGUGUGAGGUGCCAGGACUCCACCGUUGCCAUCCAGCCCUCCCCCGUGGUGGUGACCCUGCCCGGACCCAUCCUCAGCUCCUUCCCACAGAACACCGUUGUGGGCUCCUCCACCUCUGCUGCUGUCGGCAGCAUCCUCAGCUGUGACGGAGUGCCCAUCAACUCCGGGGGCUUUGACCUCUCCUGCAUUACCAACCGCUACUGCUGCAGGCCCUGCCGGCCCUGCUAGAGCUGCUCUUAAUGGCUUGAGAGAAGAACCCCCAGGCACUCAGAACACUUUGCUCCAUUGCUUUAAGAGAAGCUGGUUUUGUCCAGCAUAUUCUGCAAGGGCAGCCUCGGAAGCAGUGUUUUGAGCUCUCUGGCCAAUUUCUUCCUUUCCUGUCUUCUAGCCAAUGUUUUCCUCACUUUGCUUGGUCUCCAUCUGUCUCACCAGUGACCUCAUUUCUCUCUACAGGCUCAUUAAAAAUUUUCUGCAACCUUCCU